AUGGCCCGCCUCCCAGCCCAGGCCUCCCAGAGCGCCCUGCGGCGUUUCCGCACGACACCCCGCAGCACCGCCUACGCCCUGCGACACCUGGCCUCCGACAGCAAGCCCCCCGAGCGCGUAUCGAACGAGGACAAGGCGGGCCGGUCGUUCCAGGGCCAGGUGACGGGCAGCAUCACGCAGCGUCUGGCGCGGGAGAGGGCGGAUCGCGAGAGAUUCGCCAACGAGCGUGAAAAGUCGGCGUCAAGCCGGAGCUAUGCCCUGACCUUUGUCCUGCUCUUCACCAUGGGCUCGUCCUACUACCUCGGCUCGCUCUACCCGCCCAAGCCCAGCGAGGACUCGACGCUGCCGCUCGACAAGACGAUUGCGCCCGAGCACAAGACCAACAUGGAGAACAUGCAGGCGGCGUGGGCCGACUUUGUGCACAUUCUCGGCAAGGAGCACGUCAGCACGGCGCCCAACGACCUCGACCACCACGCCUCGUCCGAGUGGUCGUCGCACCCGGCCAAGGCGUCGGAGCGGCCCUUUUGCGUCGUCUUCCCCUCGUCGACCGAGGACGUGGCGGCCAUCAUGAAGGUGUGCCACCGGCGCCGCAUCCCCGUCGUCGGCUACAGCGGCGGCACGUCGCUCGAGGGCCACUUUGUGCCGACGCGCGGCGGCGUCUGCGUCGACUUUGGCCGCAUGAACAAGGUGCUGGCGCUGCACGAGGCCGACCUCGACGUCGUCGUGCAGCCGGCCGUCGGCUGGGAGGCGCUCAACGACCAGCUCGGCGCGUCGGGCCUCUUCUUCCCACCCGACCCGGGCCCCGGUGCCAUGAUCGGCGGCAUGGUCGGCACGGGCUGCAGCGGCACCAACGCGUACCGCUACGGCACCAUGCGCGAGUGGGUGCUCUCGCUGACGGUCGUGCUGGCCGACGGCACUAUCAUCAAGACGCGGCAGCGACCGCGCAAGAGCUCCGCCGGCUACGACCUCACCAAGCUCUUCAUCGGGUCCGAGGGCACGCUGGGCCUCGUCACCGAGGCGACCCUCAAGGUGACGGUCAAGCCGGCGUCGACGUCGGUCGCCGUCGCCACGUUCCCCUCGAUCCGCCACGCCGCCAACUGCGUCGCCCGCGUCGUGGGCGCCGGCGUGCCCGUCGCCGCCGUCGAGAUCCUCGACGACCUGCAGAUGCGCUGCAUCAACGAGUCGGGCACAACGGGCCGCGCCUGGCAGGAGGCGCCGACGCUCUUCUUCAAGUUUGCCGGCACGGCGCGCGGCGUCAAGGAGCAGGUCGCCCUCGUCCAGGGCUUCGCGGGCCAGGCCGGCGGCAAGUCGUUCGAGUUUGCCCGCAACGAGGAGGAGCAGCACGACCUGUGGAGCGCCCGCAAGGAGGCCCUCUGGAGCACCAUGGCCGUCAAGCGCGACGGCGACCACGUCUGGACCGGCGACGUCGCCGUGCCCAUGAGCCGGCUGCCGGACAUCAUCGAGGAGACCAAGGACGCCAUGGGCAAGAGCGGGCUGUUCGGCACCAUUGUGGGCCACGUCGGCGACGGCAACUUUCACAUCAUCCUGCUGUACAACGACAAGGAGCGCAAGAGGGCCGAGACGCUCGUGCACAACAUGGUCAAGCGCGCCGUGGAGAUGGAGGGCACCGUCACGGGCGAGCACGGCGUGGGCCUCGUCAAGAGGGACUACCUCCCGCACGAGCUCGGCGAGACGACUGUGGACGCCAUGCGACAGAAAACGGAACUCAACCGUGGCGAUAUUGCGGAAGGCAGCGUCAUGUUUGGCCUCACAGGUCGAGACCUAGCAAGACAUGAUAGAGCAAAUGGAAUGGCGCAAUGGCAGGCUCGCAGAUUGGAAGGUAAAACGGCAAGUGGUGCGGGGCAGCAGGCUUCCUCGCCCCGCGCCUCCCAAGCCGGCUCACAGCGCAUUGCUCGGCCCGCGAGCAUCCGCAGCAAGUCGAGCGAGAAGAAGCGCCAAGAGAAGGAGAGCCAGAACCAGCAACAGCCGCAACAAGGCGAAUCGUCGGCCUCCAAUCACGACCACUAUGCCGCUCCCUCGGGGCCGCCUCCUGGCCAUGGCGAAUACGCACCUCCUGUCGGCCCUCCUCCUCCUCCUCAGGCCUCCAGCAGUAACGGCUAUGCUCCUCCUUCAGGACCCCCGCCCGCGCAAUAUGCCGCGCCAAGCUCUCCGCCGCCUCACCAUGAUCACAACGAGCAGUUCGCGCCCCCGAGCGGGCCUCCUCCGAGCCACAAUGUGAAUGGCGGCUACGCAGCGCCUCCGGGUCCUCCUCAGGGUCAAGACUACGACGCACCGGCUGGCCCCCCUCCGGGCUUCUCUGCCCCUCCCGGGCCCCCUCCUAGUCAUGAGACGCACGAUGCUCCGGAGCGCCCUGUACGUCUGCUUCCCGACGGAAGCUACGCUCCUCCCGAGUCGCGAACACACGAGACGUAUGCCCCUCCUGCAGGACCCCCUCCUGGCCACGGCCAGUUUGCGCUACCGGUCGGAGGACCGCCCGCCGGAGGACCACCUGCUGCUGGCGGUGACUUUGCCCCGCCGCCGGGCCCGCCACCCGGUGUCGAUAACUAUGGUCCUCCGGCCGGCCCGCCCCCAGGAGGUGACAACUACGGCCCGCCUCCCGGUCCUCCUCCCAGCGGAGACUACGCGCCGCCUCCCGGUCCUCCCCCUACCGACUCCAAGAGCCAACACAACUGGCAGCAUGCCGUGCCCGACACGUCGCUCUUCCCUCCCCCUCCCUCCUUCUUCACCGGCUUUGAGCGCUCGCCGGCGAACAAUGCUUCCGAGCAGGAGGCCCAUGCCGGCGCCGCAUGGUGCGACCAGUACCCUCUCAUCCAGCCUGUGCCGCUGCCACCACAAGCGCAUGAGGCGCUCCGUACGCACAACAUCAACCUCAUGCAGCCGCAGAACUUUCGAGGCACGCUCGCGCCCUCGGCCACGGUCCCGGGCACGUGGGAAGGCCGCACCGAUGUCUCGGCCAAGGACAGCUGCAUCAUUGGCUACCCCCCGCUGUACUCGGCGCACGCACACUCGCCACUGGUCACAGGCCGCCCCGUCCGCAUCUACUAUGAGGUGCACAUCCGUCCCGACAGCCGGCCCGACGAAGUCGACCUCGCGCUGGGCUUCACGGCACUGCCGUAUCCCAACUUCCGCAUGCCUGGUUGGCACCGCGGGUCGCUGGCCGUCCACGGCGAUGACGGCCACAAGUACGUCAACGACUGGGCCGGCGGUCACUCGUUUACGGAGCCAUUCCGUGUUGGCGAGACGGUGGGUAUCGGCAUGUCACUGUCGCCUCGUGGCGACGGCAGCAUCAACGUCGACAUCUUCUUCACGCGCGAGGGCAAGAUUGUGGGCAGCUGGAACUUGCACGAGGAGGGUGAUGCUGAGGAGGACCUGCCGGUCACGGGUCUCGAGGGCUACCACGAUCUGAGCUGCGCCAUUGGAACGUUUAACCACAAUAGCUUUGAGAUCAUCUUUGAGCCCAGCCGGUGGAAGUACCAGGACGCGCGGGAGAGCACGAUUGCGGGCGAGGGCAAGGGAUGGGCUCAGUGA